AUGGAUUCGGACACGCCAACAAGCCAGGGCAAGAAGCGAUCCGACUUUUCUUUCUUGGAAAGAAAAUUCCGUGGGCUUAAUUUGCGAAGAUGUGCUUCCGUCACGACCGCUGAGAGCAUCGGGGAUCUUGGACUGAACCUCCUCUACGAACCAUCCGACUGCAAUCUUGACUUUGUCUUCGUACAUGGGCUCCGUGGAGGAUCAAGAAAGACAUGGAGUGCUUCACCAAGCACUGCACAUUACUGGCCAAAAGAAUGGCUCCCUGCGGAUCCUGAUUUCAGACAUGUUAGGAUACACAGCUUUGGAUACAACUCUGACUGGCUCGAUAGCAAAGAAAACUUGCUCACGAUUCAUGACUUUGGCCAAUCUUUGAUCGGAGAAGUGCACAAUACCCUUGGCCGUCGAGCACCAAAUACACCAAUUGUGUUCAUUGGGCAUAGCAUGGGUGGACUUGUGAUCAAAAAAGCAUGUAUUCUUUCCCGCGAAAAUCCUAUUUACCGCGAUAUUUGCGCCCGGAUUCAUACCAUAUAUUUCCUGGCGACACCACAUCGGGGAUCUGAUCUAGCCCAGACUCUCAACCACAUGCUGAGAGCAAUGCCAUCUGGAUCCAAGCCAUUCGUUGGAAGUUUAGCACGGGGCUCGGAAUCAAUAACUGUAAUCAACGACCAAUUCCGACAUGUCUGUAGUGGUAUAUCGAUCCACUCAUUCAUGGAAAGUGUCCCAACAAAUUGGGGCUUCGGGUCUGGUCUUAUUGUGGAUAAGAAUUCGGCUUCUCUUGGGUUCCCCAACGAACAAAUUCAAACAUUGAAUGCUGAUCACAGGGGAAUAUGUAAAUUCGAAAGCCCAGACGACAGCAACUUCCGCACGUUGCGCAAUGCUCUUGCUGCGACAGUUCAUGAUAUCGAGCGCAGAGUACCAAAAGCCAAGCAGCAGCUAUAUCGCCAGGAAAUGCACAGUAUCUCAAAGCUUCUUAAUGUCCCUGGUGCGCCCAUCGAUGAUUUCAACGAACUUGAGGAUGUACGGAUUCCAGGAUCUUGUGAGUGGAUCACGAGUAGCAAGAAUUUCUUAGACUGGCAAUACGGAUACAACUCUCCAAGGUAUUUCUGGCUCACAGGACAGCCUGCCAUCGGGAAGUCCGUCAUCACUGCACACUCAAUAGGAUGUCUGGGCACCAGCAGCUGUAGCUAUUUCUUCUUCAAGUAUGGCGACAACAAGAGAUCCAGUCUGAGCGCAGCGCUCCUCUCUUUGGCUUACCAAAUGGCAGAACAGAAUCAAGCCAUACGCCGUUUUCUGAUAGAUUCUUUUACUGACGAUGCGAAUUUGGACAAAGAUGAUUAUCGUGGCAUUUGGCGCAAGUUAUUCGUUGGCGGUAUAUUUCUUGUACACUUCAGUAAUACACACUUUUGGGUUCUCGAUGCACUUGAUGAAUGUAGUGCUGCGGAUAAGAGAAUCUUCGACAACUUCUUUGCUUUUCUAGCGAAUAUCGACAGCACCAUCCCUUUAAAAGUCUUUAUCAGUAGUCGUUCUUCGGUUGAUCUUGAGCGCUUGUUCUCUGGAUUGGCCUACACCCAAACUCGUAUCUCCGUUGAGGAUUCACAGCACGAUAUCCGGAUGUUUAUGGAAGCUCACGCAGACGAUUUACCCGUUGAUGAUGACCGCAUGAAGAUUUCUCUCAUAGAGACGAUGGUGAGAAAAUCUGCCGGGUGCUUUCUGUGGACUGUGUUGGUCAUGCGUCAACUCCAAGACAUCUUCACGGCAGACGAAGUAGAGGAAAUCCUUGACGAAGUUCCUCAAGAAAUGGAUGCCCUGUAUACUCGUAAUCUGAACAUCAUGGCCAGCAGGCCGCGCUCUAAAAGGCUUGCACAAACGGUGCUUACAUGGACAGUCUGUGCUACGAGAGCGCUCACGCUCCAUGAGCUUAAAGCUGCUAUUCUUUUAGACAUUGGUACUGCUGUUACUCGAAAUCUGGAAACGUCCAUCUCAACCCUUUGCGGCCAGUUCGUAUUCGUCGACAGACAAAAUCGAGUUCAAAUUGUCCAUGAGACGGCGCGGACGUUUUUGCUGGCUCUCAAUGAGCAUUCAGGAUUUCAGCUUCAGCUACCGCUGGGAAACGUCCAGCUUGGACUGGCAUGCUUCCGAUAUCUGAAUAGUGAUGAGAUGAUGUCCCCAAAAAACCGCAGAGGAUCGGGGACGACUAUCAAUAGCAUGGCUGAUUAUGCUUGCGAAUAUUUUUUCGGAGCACUUGGUUCGAGCUACGUCGUCUUCGGAUGCUCUGUCUCUAGCUGUCUUGGCAUUUCUGGACACGAAGAUCCUGGUCUGGAUUGAGAAAAUGGCAGAGCAGAAUCGUUUGAGUUGCCUCUUGAAGGUCGCAAUGCAUUUCAAAACAUACCAGGCAAGAAGAUCAAAGCAUGUUGCGCCUUUACGAGAUCUUGUUAGUACUUAGGCAAUGGACCUCCCCCGGAUCGUAACUGAAUUUGGCACCAAUCUGUAGAAUCACCCGGUCGCGAUACAUCACCUCAUACCACCGCUAUGCCCACAAAGCUCUGCUAUUCAUCGUCAAUUCGGAGCUUCAGAGAACGGCUUUCAACUUCAAGGGCUGUCAAACGUGGAUUGGAAUGAUCGCAUAUCGUGCUGGUACUACGAUAAAACCACGAAAUCUGUUGCAUGUCAAGACAAGUGGUUCUCCGUUGGUCUAGCAGAUGGUGUCAUUCAUAUCUACUGGGCCUCCACAUGUCAAGAGUUCCUGAAGAUCAACCAUGGCGAAGCGGUGAGGAUCCUUCGAUUCGGCAACCUAUCAAAG